AUGGGGAACUCUAUCACACAAAGCAUCAAGGAGCAACAAGACAAGAAUGAGUUGGAAGUGACGGAAACUCUUCAAAUGAUGCAUAAGAUGAUGGAAAAUAGGAUUGCUGCUGCAUCUUCUCAGGUAGGUGCGAGAAAUGGGUAUCAUCGGACCAUCCGAACUAGAACUCGGAGGGUCGUGAGUUCGAUUCUCACACGGAAAUCGGAAUUUUUUCUGAGCUUUCGGGUGUUUGAUUUCUCCUUCUUCCGGCCCAAAUUAGGUGCAAGCUACAGUUCCACCUUUUGAUUAUGCCGCUAGAACAAGUCUUGGGGUGCGUGCGACCCCUUGAAUGAAAACUAUUGGGCAGUAUUUUCUUAUAGUACUGGGCCCGGUUCUUGGAAGGCUGAUUAGCAUCAAUCCAGGAUUAAAAUUUGUUCUGUUUUUGUAUUUUACCUUCCUAUGCAUUGCUAAGAGUAACAUUUUGUGUUAUCAUUACUGCAUUUUAGAGUUAACACUCAACAGUGAAAGCUCGAGUUGCGAGUUCUUAGACAAGAAAGUCUUCCUUAAAAACUUGGCUUAAUCGUGGGUUAAACUUAACCAUCUUUGGAGGAACCGGGUCCUGUUUAUAAAGUGUGACGAUUGAAACAAAGUUACCAAGAAGUAUUUUCCGGCAUACGCUGCAAUUGUUAAUUACCAGCCGAGGUGUUCUGCUAGAACGUUUUAGCCUUUGACUUGAAUUUCUAAAAUAGUGUGCCUAGAAUCAUCCUUGUCAUGUCUUGUAUUGCAGCCCGCAUGAAUUGUGCUGCACAAUACCUUUUGAGUCUGUAGAUUUAGCCCUCUAAAUUUUAUCAUCCAUAUGAUUGCUACAAGCCUUCAGUACUGUCUUGCUUUGGUACUGUUUUAGCCUCCUCUGCAGGCAACUCCUAUUGUAACGGUUACACUGACCUUGAGGAGUCUGAUGUCAUUCCCCGUUCUACACCACAUUCUCCCACUCGUUCUCUAAAACAGGACAGUGUCGACCUGAGUGAAGCCUGCCGAGGAUGCUAGCACUGUUCAUUACCUUGCUGACAUAAGCGUGGCGUUCUUCAGUAUUUUCAUGAGGUGAAUUUCAUGAGACUGCCUAAAUAUAAAUAAGGUGGCUCUUACCGUUGAGUACUGAAUUUAUCAAAAAAGAUAUGUGUGCGAUGUUAUGGUAUUACUUUAAAAACACCCUUUAAACACAUUGGUCUAUACGUGGAGGCUCUUCCCGAAAGGGCAAGGUGUCUUUUUUCAGCUGGCUUUAGUUUAUGAAAGGCGGCAUUUCAUUUGUUGAAGUAUAUGAAAAGGUAGGAGAAUUUGUCAUUUCGGUCUGCAAAAAGGCCCAGUAGGGCUAACCAUGAGAGGCAUACAUGUAAUAAAGUCGAGAAAGCAUUCUAGGUGCAUUCACAGAAGGUAAAAGGGAUGCAAAAGUCUAAACUAGGUCCGUGUAAAAGGAGAACCAUCUGUCAAAAGAAGGUAUACGAAAGGAGUAUCUUUUCUGUUAAAAUAAAAAUUGUCAAGAGCCCAUGAGUUCCUGAAAUGGUGCAUGAAAUGAUAAAGGAUUGGACCUCAGGGAGGAGCCUCCACGUAUAAACCUCUGUAAAGUACCCCCGGGCUUCUCUCUCACUCUCUGACAUCGCCUUUCUAUACGGUUCUCUUUGCUCAGUUUUUCCUUUUAUUGUCCUGUCCCAUCUCAUCUUGGAUUCUUGCUGCUUUCUUUCUCUGUUGAUUAGAUGGAGAACGAAGCCAUAGAAGACAAGACUUUGCCAAUAGUAGCAAUAGUGGACAAAUCAAUGAAAUACUUGAUAAAGGUUUCCAGCAAAACAAGCGACGAGGUGUCAAACGCCAUCGAUGAAAUCUUAAGCGGUGAUUUCCUUGCCGGCCUCAAGAGUGUUAUUAAAGUUGGUCUGGAUGCGAUGCUUGGAAACGUGUCAGCCGGGAUAACGGAGAAGCGAGACUUCCACGUGGUGUUCGCCAACAACAGCCUUUUGCGAAUCGACUACAUGUGUUACAAAAACGAAUUUAGCUCCACAGGGAUCAAAGACGAGGUUAAGAACGCUUUCUGCUACUAUCUGCAAGUUGGCGUCCUGAAUUUAGAGAAAGUAAACCCACAGAUUCUGCUGUACGAGCUCACGAGGGCCAUCGGCGAGUCCAUGCUUCCUCAGGCGGCCAAACAUCUACAGGGUCUUGCUACAUUCGCAAAAGAUCUUUACAAGGUGCUUAACGACCUCGACAGGGCCGCAGUUGGAUCGCUAGAGGGCGCACCGUCCAAACCAAACACGUUCACUUUCAGCACCAAGGAGAAAGAAGAGAUAAAGAAGAAAGCCCUUUUGGCCCGUUACCACACUCACGAGCAUACACCAUUCUUUAAACGACCACCGCCGAGUCGACCAUCAUCUCCAUCGCCACCCGGACCUGAGCAAGGCCAAGGUCAAGGUCAGGGACAAGGGCAAGGACAAGGUCAAGGGCAAGGACAAGGACAAGGGCAAGGGCAAGGGCAAGGGCAAGGUCAAGGACAAGGACAAGGUCAAGGUCAAGGU